AUGACAAGCCUCGUGUUGGAGACGUACGACGGACAAACCAAUUCGCAAGAUCAUCUGCUACGUUUCAAUGUGAAGAUGGCGAUAAGCGCGGUUUCUGAUGUGGUAAAGUGUAGAAUGCUUCCGUCCACAUUCCGAGGUACAGCAAUGACCUGGUUUAUGGCCCUGCCACAGGGAUCCAUAAAGAAGUUCCGCGACUUUGCGUCGAAAUUCCUGGGCCAGUUCUCUGCCGGCGAGGUCAAGGAUCUGUUUCAGAUUCGGCAGGAGGAGCAAGAGACGUUGAAGCAGUACAUGGAACGGUACAGCGCCGUGUCCGCGAGAUUUGAAGAGGCGGAACCUCGGACAUGCGUAUGCGCUUUUAAGAACGGAUUGUCGUCAGGAAAGCUGAGCUGCGAGCUGGGUAGGAAACCAGCGCGCUCGAUGACUGAGGUACGCACCCGAGCGAGAGACUACAUCAUAGAAGAAGAAGACGAUGCGUGUAAGAGGAAACGGUUGAAGGCGGCAAAGGUGUCGCUGGCGAGGAAAUGGAUACACGACAAGGAAGCAAGUAAUGUGCUGAAGGUUAAGGAAGUUGGCCAAUUAAUUAAGGAAUUCAAGGGAAAGCCACUCUAUUCGAGAAAAGAUAGCAUGGAGCGCAAGCCCUCUCGGCGGGCAACUAACUUUCGCCGACGAAAGAGGCCAAAGUGGAACGCGGGCGAUGAAUCGGCAAAGUCACUCCUGGAGGCGAUGGUUGCGGAAAAAGGCGAGGAUAGCGAGUACGAAAUUGACCCCUGGCACAACGACAAGGGUCGGUCCAAGUGGUGCGUGUAUCACAACCUGGGGGGCCAUAACACCAGUGACUGUGUAUCUCUGAAGGGCCAAAUUAGGCAGUUGAUCAAGGCGAGGCAACCACGGGUUACAGGACAUGGGUUGGACAAGGACAGCAUGAAGAGAGCGCCAAAUGCAGGAAACGAGAAGAUAAAUAUGGCGAAAGAAAAGGAAGCAGAGGAACACGUCGACGACAGGGGUGGAACUAGGGUGCUUUUGGACCAAGGCAGCUCAGCAGAUAUCAUCUACGGGGACGCGUUCGGACAGUUGGGGCUGACAGACAAGGAUUUGAUGCCAUACACAGGAAACCUGGUAGGUUUCUUGGGAAAGCAGGUUCGGGUACGCAGCUAUGUGGAGCUGGACACGGUUUUUGGAGUGGGCGAGGACGCCGAGGUCCUAAGGAUAAGGUAUCUGGUCCUACGGGUUGUAGCAGUUUAUAACGUAAUCAUAGGACGAAACACUUUAAAUCGCCUCCAUGCAGUGAUAUCCACGGCCACCUCGCGAUAA